AUGGCGGGUUGGAAGAAACGCAGAAUUAGAUUCGAUUUGGUGAAGAACGAUGGAAAGGGCGGUGUGGUGGGAAGUAAGGGAAAAGUUACUCGACAUUUGAAAAUCGAAAUGGAAAUCGAAAUCGAGUCUCGAAGCCAACUUUUCAAGACGAAGACAAGAGGAGAAACGAGAGCACCAGCCGAAGAUACCGUGAAAUGGUUCAAUAGUGCAAAGAACCGCGCACGAGAAGUGGCUCAUUAUGACUAG